AUGUCCGAGAGAAGGCUUCAAGGUGGAGCGUUGCAAGCGUUACGCUGGGCCAUGCAGGAGAAGAGAGAAAUCGUUCUGGAAGAUUUCUUCGGUUGCACGGUAAUGAAUUGGCGAAGCAGCAGGGAUGAAGACGGGUGGCCUGAUCAUGUGGUAGCGCUCAUGGAACGUCAGCAUUGCAGGCUUGGCGACGAGGACGAGGACGAGGACGGGGAUGAGGACUACGACAACAACAAGUACGAGGAUAACAAAGGCAAUUUAGACAUGCAUGGAGGGCAGCGAUGGUGA